CGCCCGCUCUUUUCAGGGCGAACUGUUUCCCCGCGAAGGUUCAAAGUUUUUGGCAGAGGUUGCUCAGGGGUUUUAUCCAGCGACAGGAGUGCGUCCCUGAAUGUCGAAAUGCCUGUUAAAAGAUCACUGAAAUUGGAUGAUCUGUUAAAAGCAAAUUCAUUUGAUUCUUCAAAAGUCACAAGCAAGAAAAGUGUUACAACCUAUUCUCCAACAACUGGAACAUGUCAGAUGAGCCCAUUUGCUUCUCCCACAAGCUCUAAAGAACAAGAGAACAAAAAUGGACUAUCAAAUGGAAAGAGGAAAAACUGGAAUCACCUCAGUAUAACUGAAAGAAAGGAAUCUACUACACCAGACAAUGAUGAAUUCAUGGUGUUGCUAUCUAAAGUUGAGAAAUCAUCAGAAGAAUUCAUGGAAAUAAUGCAGAGUUUAAGUAGUAUACAGGCUUUGGAGGGCAGCAGAGAGCUUGAAAAUCUCAUUGGUAUCUCCCAUGCCUCAUGUGUCUUAAAAAGAGAACUGCAGAAAACAAAAGAACUAAUGACAAAAGUAACAAAACAAAAACUAUUUGAAAAGAAGAAUUCAGGACUUCCCAACAAAGAAUUAUAUGAUCUGGACAGCCAUGAAUUCCUUAAAACCAUUUUAAACCAAGGCAUUUAGAAGAAAUGCACUCGCUAUGAAUGUCAACUUCUGUAUCUGUCUGAUCAUAUUUAAAGGAACAGAAGAAAUGUUUGUAAUUAAUCUGCCCAGUAAAUACCAGAUCAUAGCACAGGCAGGUGCGUGUCUAGAUAAAAUUUCUUGCAGCUAAUUUAAACUUUCUACACACACCAGUAGAUAAUCUCAAUGUAAAUAAUACAUUUCUUCUGGACCCUUUAAAGUAAGCCAACAUGUAGAAGAGGAUCUUGACUUAUAUCUGUAUCUCAUAUGCUUCUGUAGACUUUUAGUGUUUGUGGAUAGACUUAAUAAAGCAUUUAUAAAAGUGGCAUCAUUGGUAUUUUAAAACUCAGAUUAAAUCUCAUGGUGAGUGGAAUUGGGUACCAGUUUUCCAAUUUAAAGCCCCAGGUAUGUAUUAAUUAGAUUGUUUUGAAAGCUUUUAAAAUUUAUAAGUCUUUUUUAGCUACUACCUCAGGGAUGAGAUGAGUUUUUAUUAUAUUCUAGUUAUUCUUAUGCUUGAAGAGAAAAAAUAUUUUCAGUUUUAAAAUUUUCACAUCUUAUAUAAAGUAUUUGAAUGCAUUUUUCAGUAUAGACAUUUAAAUAUGAAGUUGUUUUUAAACUGAACUACAAGACUACUGAAUUUAAAGAAAAGACCUAUCUCAUGGGGCAAUAUGCUAUCCCCUCCAAACUAUUUUGAAGCAUUAGUUUAAAUUUUUAAUUUUCUAUAGUAUUGUUUUGUAUCAUCAUCUGUUUGUGCUAUCACAAAAUAAAGGGGAAGAGAAAUCACAGAGUGUGUUAUAAUUUGAUAACACAUUUUUUUUUUAAACUUCUAUACUUUGACCAUUUCCACAGGGGGGAAAAGUGCUAUUCCCUUGUAUAAUAUCUUAUACAAAUUACAUCUUGACAAAAUUUGUAUAAGAUAUUACCAUGUCAUUUAAUUCACUGUAUCAUGAAAACAAAAAUACUAUAUGAAAAAUUUGAAACAAAAUUUAACAAAUUAAGCUUCAAAUAACUAAUUUUCCAUUUAGAGAAAUUUCAGAUUCACCUCUUUUUUUUUGUUGUUGUUGUUGUGGCACACGGGCUUAGUUGUUGCUCCGCGGCAUGUGGGAUCUUCCUGGAGCAGGAAUCGAACCCAUGUCCCCUGCUUUGGCAGGCGGACUCCUAACCACUGCACCACCUAGGAAGCCCCAGAUUCACCUCUUAAAAUGAGUUAUUUUUUAAAAAUAAUUCAUUGAAAUGAUACUAAACAGUACCUCAAUUAAUAAAACUAAUUGCCUUCACUAGUGAUUUUAUUGGUACUAUUUAAAUAAGGUUUUUAAGAUAAUCUGCUAAAUAUUAAGGAUACUUUGUGAUACAGUCCUCAUAAUAGGACAUUACUUAAAAUAUACCAAAAAGGAUAAUUCCUUUGUGUUCUACCAUUGAAGACUAAACUUGGAAUGUAAGCCAAAACAUAUAAAGAAACCUACGUUAGUCAGGAAAUGAAGGGUUAAGGGCUUCAUAUGUAAUCCAAGUUAUGUAGCUGUGUGCUUAAUGCUAUUAAACCAGUUACUAUAUGUUUGACCUCUUGAUAUACUAAGCUUUUUGCCUUUCAGAACAGCUGGGUCGGCUAAGAAUCAUUUCCCAGUUCUCUUCAUUGUAUAUCAGAUGACUCUCGCUUUAUCACCUUUGGAGGCCACAUGAAGGACAAAGCAGAAAGAUCCACACAUAAAACUAAUGUUUACAUUGGGGGGGGGUUGGGUAGAAGGCGGGUAUACACUUGGCCCUGAUCUUCCAAUGAACAUAAGAGAAGAGAGGGACCAAUUGAGACUUGAAACCAUUGUGUUACUCCAACCAUUAUUUAGUUACAUCCUAUCCAUCUCUUACUCUUUUUCUAUUGAACAGAGAGGCUCCUUUGGCUGCCUUGACUUUUGUAAAUGUUUCACUCACUUUGCUGUGGUUUAUCAUUUGGACAGAAUGCUACAUCGGGGAUUUUUCUCCCCUCCCUAAGGCUUCAAGACAAAAUGACUUCUGUUGCCUCAUAUUUGAUACAUGAACAUAUACCUAUUCUCUUCAUUUUAAGAAGCAAACCUAAGUUUAUUGGCAACAGAGAAAACUGCAUUUUUCAGAAACAGCCCUUCCCUCUAAAAUGAACUUGAAAAUAACUUAGAAGAGAUCAUUUUUUGACAGGUAUAUUAGUGAAUAAAGUAAGAAGUCUUUAAUAUUUUUAUAUAAACCAAAUAUCUUAAUAUUAAAAUAUUCCUAUAAUCCUGAAUGUGGCUGAGAGAAAUGCUUUGGAAUUGGCAAUUUCUAUGAUCUUAAUUCAUCACUGGACAUUUUUAUUAUUUUGGUACUUAGUCUCUCAAAGUUCAAAGUGGACUCUUCUUAAACUGGUUUCUAAUAGAUAUAAGAGAUACCUGACUUAUGAGAUAAUUGCUACAACUCUCCAUUAAAGCUACAGUGUAACUCCAUAUGGCUAGAUUAAAUCAUCUGGAAAUGUAUUUUUAUUUAGAAUUUACCUGUAAGAUACCUUUGAAUAUGAGUGCAUUCUAUUUUACUAAUGUUUAAUACUUUCAUUUUCAAAUAAUGUUUCUCUAUUCCAACUAUUCAUCAUUGA